AUGAGGAGCGUCGCCGGAGGCGGCGGGGGUGUCGUCAGAGAGGGAGGGGAAGUCGAUGUCAGAGAUGCUGAAGUCGGGGUCGGGGUCGGAGAUGCUGAAGUUUAUUUGGACGUUGGUCUUGGGAAGGCGGGUUCCUACUCGGGUGCAAAGCCAGAUUAUGAGCUUUUUGGCCACUCAAAAGUUGUAGGCAGCAAUGAACAAAUAAAGGAACCACAUGUUAUAAAUGCAUCGGACAGUGAUUUUGGGGAAGAUGGAAUGGACGAAGUUAGCUCGAUUCCUUUUCAAUCACCAGGUGGUGGUAUGUAUUGGAAACCUCUGGUUGAAGCUGAAUUUAAACUUUAUCUAAACCAAAGCUUCCGAUCACUAGAGGAUGGUAUAGAGUUUUACCGAGAGUAUGGACGUAAAAGUGGGUUUGAGAUCAGACGGCAUACAGAGAAGAAACAUGAGGACGGUACAGUUCUUCUUAAACACAUUGUUUGUAGUAGAGCUGGCAGCAAUGAAUCAAAGAUGGAUGUUGAUUUUGAGGAUUUUAGUAGCAUUUCGAAAAAGAGAAGGAGAACUGUAUCUAGUAGAUGUGGUUGCAAAGUUAAAGUCGUUUUUAAGUUUGAUGGUUUGAAAGGAUAUAAUGUUCUCUCAUUCGUUGAAGAGCAUUCUCAUUUUUUGGUGUCCGGGAGUGGGAAACAAUUUUUGAAGUCAAAUAGAGUUCUCGGUCUCGCACAUAUGAAACUUGUAUUUGAUGGUGCAAAAGCCAACAUGGGGCCUAACAAAACAUAUAACUUUGCUAAGGAGUUGUGUGGAAGUUAUUCUAAUGUUGGUGCUAUCUGUACCGAGUUUAAAAAUUGGAGUAGGGAUGUGAAGCUUUAUAUUGGUGAUCGAGAUGCUCAAAUGAUCAUCGAGAAGUUCACGGAUAAGAAGGAGAUGAGUGAUGGAUUUUUCUAUGAUUAUGCAGUUGAUGAAGGCGGUCGAUUAACUCGCAUCUUUUGGGCAGAUGUUAUUGGGCGAAGAAAUUACGAUGUAUUUGGAGAUGUGAUAUCAUUUGACUCUACAUAUUCCACAAACAAGUACAACAUGAAGUUUGUUCCAUUCACUGGUCUCGACAAUUAUAAGAAGUGUGUUGUAUUUGCUGCAGGAUUGAUAGCUAAAGAGGACAUUGAUAACUAUGUUUGGAUUUUUGAGGUAUUCAUGAAAUGCAUGAUUCACGAGCCAAAGUGUAUUGUUACAGAUCAGUGCCCUGCCAUGAAGCAAGCUAUACCAACCGUCUUUAGAGAAGCACGUCACCGUUUGUGCAUGUGGCACAUCAUGAAGAAAUUUAAUCAAAAGAUGGAUAAUUUCAAGAGGAAGAUCAAUGCACUGAUUUGGAGUAUAGAUAUAGAUCCAGCAACAUUUGAAGUAGGUUGGAAAGAUGUUAUGAAAGAAUAUAAGCUUGAAAGUAAUGAAUGGUUGUGUGAACUGUAUAACAUUCGGGAGUCAUGGAUUCCAGCCUAUUAUGCUGAUGAUCCAAUGGCCGGUUUAUUGCGGACUACAUCAAUAUCAGAGAGUGAGAACAGUUUCUUUGACAAAUUCAACCGUAGAUCUGACACAUUAACGGAAUUUUAUCUCCGAUACGAGAGUGCUAUGGAGAAGCAAAGGCAUACAAACGCAAGAUUAAACUAUGAAGGAACAAAGUCGAUGCCAAGAAUGGACACGUCAUUGUUAUUGGAGAGGGAUGCAGCAGAGUUGUACACUCGAAUAAUGUUUUAUGAGGUGAAACACGCUUAUUUGAACAAUGACGUGCAAUGUACGUGUAGGCUGUUUGAGAAAACGGGUAUAGUAUGUAGACAUGGUUUUUUUGCACUGAACCAAGCUGAUGUAACAAAAAUACCAAGACAUCUUGUUAUGAACCGAUGGACAAAAGGUGUUGAGAUGAGGCAUUCAUUGCAGUUCAAGGAAAUAUCAGAACAGUGCAAUGUAAUUGAAGUUACAAAUCGUUUAGAUGGUGAGAGACUUGACUACUUGGAAGGGAAGUUGAAGGAGUUGAAGCACAGUUUGCGUAAAUCGACUACCUGGAAGGGAAGUUGA